AUGAGCAGAGAGCUCAACGUGCCCACGGGCUCGCCGGCCACGGGCAUGUCGGAGCGAGCCCCGGACGGCGCUAGCAGCGGCGGCAUGGAUUACCGUGACUGGGUGCGACGCAGCUACCUGGAGCUGGUCAGCUCCAACCACCACUCGGUGCAGGCGCUCUCCUGGAGGAAGCUUUACCUGAGCCGGGCCAAGCUGAAAGCCUCCAGCAGGACCUCUGCGUUGCUAUCUGGCUUCGCCAUGGUGGCCAUGGUGGAGGUGCAACUGGAGAUGACUUACAAUUACCCACGGGUGCUGCUGGUGGCGUUCAGCGUGUGCACCACGGUGCUCGUGGCCGUGCACCUGUUCGCGCUGCUGAUCAGCACAUGCAUCCUGCCCAACGUGGAGGCGGUCAGCAACAUCCACAACCUUAACUCUGUCAGCGAGUCGCCGCACGAGCGCAUGCACCACUACAUCGAGAUGGCGUGGGGCUUUUCCACCGCGCUGGGCAUCCUGCUUUUCCUGGCCGAGGUGGUGCUCCUCUGCUGGAUCAAGUUUCUGCCCGUGGACUCGGGCGGCAACCCGCCGACAUCCGCACCGGUAGCCGAAACGCGGGAUAGCGGCUGGCAGGCGGCGUUGGCGGCUACUGUCAUCAUGGUGCCCGUAGGUGUGGUCUUUGUGGUGUUCACCGUCCACUUCUAUCGCUCAUUAGUGCGCCACAAGACGGAGCGCCAUCAUCAGGAGAUCGAGGAGCUGCACAAAAUCAAGGUGCAGCUGGACGGCCAGGAGAGGGCAUUGCAGGUCGUGUGA